GCCAGGGACCGCAAAGUCCUCCGUGACUACAGCGGAGCACUCAGCUACGGCUCCACCGCCAAGUACCUGAACAUUGCUGGCCUGAUGCUCAACAUCCUGUUCCUCAUCCUCAUUGUCGUCCUGGUUGCUACCGGCGCCCUCCGUGCUAUGGCCAUGGCCCCACACUAG